GUAGGCAAGGGUGUAGGUUUGGUAUUAACAUUGGUGGGGACAAAAACCCAAUGCCAACCCCCAGUGGUGCCAACUUCAGGUCAACAUUAGAGGGUCACAAUAUUUUGCUCCGUUGUGUUCCACCAAAAGAGUCUCCAUCAUCUCUCCAAAGGCCAGACUUUUAACAUUUGAAGUUCAGAACUGUAGUAAUUAAUGAAUAAUAAUAAUAAUAAUAAUAAUAAUAUGAAAUCCAUUUGAUUAACUGCAAAUCUUGCAUGUGAUGAUUAAUUCAUUCUACCAAUUUGCAAAUGUGUUUUCCAAGCGAAUACCGCACUGACUGUCGGGAGGGUGUAUGUUCCUUUCCCUCAUAAAUGGAAAUAAAACCCAUCCGGAGCCUUAAACACUGCGUUCCAUGAGGCUGGCAGGGGGAGUCGCUCUCUUCUGUGGGAUCUUUAACUAGUUUUAGAAUGCUAGUUUAAGCUGAUAUGUGAUAGAUCUAACGGUAAAACAGCACGAGGGCUCGAGAACUUUGACAGGUUACAAUUUUACUUGGCAACAGAAUGUAUCUGAAUUCUGAUUGGUUGUUGUAUCUGAAUUCUGAUUGGUUGUUGUUAUAUUAUUGCCCUUUUGUUGUGUUCUUGAGCCCAGAGUGGGGGGGAGGGGGGAGUGACAGGGUUCUACAGAGAAAAGUUUUCACUGCAACCGAACUGCUGUUUUCGUGACCACGCCCCCAGCGCGGAUAUUCAUGUUCACAUUGUUCAGUUUGUUUUUCUCUUUUAUUUUAGAUUUCUGUUAUCUGACUCUGGAUCCCAACACGGCACAUCGUCACCUCAUUCUGUCUGAGAAGAACAGAGCGGUGAGAGUCAGUGGGAGGAAGCAGCGUUACUCUGAUCAUCCAGAGAGAUUUGAUUACUGGAAUCAGGUGUUGUGUAAGGAGAGUGUGUGUGGACGCUGUUACUGGGAGGUGGAGUGGAGCGAUGAUGGUGGUGUGGACAUAUCAGUCUCAUAUAAAGACAUCAGCAGGAAAGGACAGGGUAAAGAGUGUGAGUUUGGAUCCAACAAUCAGUCCUGGACUCUGCGGUGUUUUUCUUCUUCUCUCUCUUUCUGUCACAACAACAUUAAGACUGAUCUCAGAGUUCCAUCACCCUCCAGAAUAGGAGUGUAUGUGGAUCACAGUGCAGGAACUCUGUCCUUCUACAGCGUCUCUGACACGAUGAAGCUCCUCCACAGAGUCCACACCACAUUCACUCAGACUCUAUACGCUGGGUUUGGGCCCUGCUGGUUUCUUGGUUCUGUGAGAUUGUGUGAUCCAGAAUAAAAGUGUGUCGUGUUUUCUGUAAAAUUCCUGCACGUUGCCACGUUGUUGCUCAGUCGUCUGUUUCACUAGAACACAAUCCAGCUGCACAAAACACUCAUUUUAAUAUUUAAAUUAAAACAGAUGAAUAAUUUAAAAAUAAUUCAAAAGGAAAUGUUAAAAAUUGACUGUCAGACAAGAAACUCGUCAAAUUUAAAAAGAAAAUGAUCUCAUGACCUUCGCAUUAUAAAGUUGUGUUUGUUUCAUAUUAAGCAGCGUCUCAUUAAAUAACUAAUAAACAGUAAUAAAGCCAGAACAGAACAGCAUUUUAAACCUGUUCA